AUGGUAGCUGAAUGUUAUGCUAUCGGUGCAAUCGAAUAUUUACCGAAUACACGCGAUGAACUUUUAAAACAAUACAAAAUUAUUGGAAGACCAUCCAUAGAAUUACAAGCAUCCAAUUCAUCUGAGUCAACAAAAGCAAUAUUAAGUUCAACUAUAAGUAUGGCAGCACAUAGUUCUCUAUUGUCGAAUGACCGUUCGGGUACAACAAAAGCAUUUAUUCUUCAUUAUAUAUUUUCUCAAUAUCCUGAGUCAUUACUCAAUGAAAUUGUGUAUCGUCUAAUGCACACAGAUGCAGUUAUAACAUAA